GUUUUAGAAACAUUUUUUUUUGCAAAAAGUUUUUUUCUAUAUAAAACGGCUCAAACAUACUAUACAUUGCAGUUAAUUUUAAAUUUCAGUCGAAUACAAAAUAAAGUUGAACCGAAACGAUGCGACAAAUUUUCAUUGUAAUAUUCCUGGCGAUUUAUGUGUUUGAAAAAGCAUGUGGAGAAGUGACCUACGCCACAAUUAUUGAUAAAUUUCAUCGUAAAAUAGACGCACUUGAUCGAGAAAUAAAACACAAUUGGAUUGCAGAGCUUACACCGUUGUUCUCACUUUUUGAACGACUUCCAUAUCUUGAACCCAUAUUGGGCGAACGCUAUAUGAUAAAUAACUUAGAAACAGCUGUAGAUGCGGCUUUAGCUAGUCUUUCACCAAAAGAUAAAACAGCUUUACUGGUGCGAAAUGACAUCAAGGAAAUCAUAGGAAACCAAUGGAAGAUAAACGAGUUGGGUGCUGUUAUUCAAAAAAAUGUCCAAUCGUCAACGGCCCACUCACCAUUUUACGAUGAAAGAAUAUACAGAAAAUUUGAAUUUAAAAAGAUCGAAAAUCUAUUCAUAUUAAAAGUUGAACAAAAAUUAGGCAUUAUGAAAUCAAUUCAUAAAGAUUUGCACGAUCUUUUCGUAGAUGAUGUGGAAAAUGUGAGAAAAACAAAAGCAAGUUUUGCAAAUGAAACACUUGCAAUUUUGGAUACAUUCCAAAAUUGCAAAAAUCCAAAGUCAGAAGUGAAAGAAUUAAAAUCGGCAAUAGAUCACUAUAAGAAGAUACAGGACGAUGUAUGGAAACAUCUUGUAAAUGCUGAAAAAGUUUUGGAUGAGUAUUUUCGUCAGCGCUAUUUAUGGACAGAAUUCUUAUUGUCAUUCAAAUCAGCAAUUGAAAAAAGGCCAAUGGUACUGCAGGAACGAAAGCCAAGAAUAUUGGAAAUGGGAAAGAAUCAAUUUCGGAAAAUUGCCGGAAUUGCAAAGGAAUAAUAAUUUCGAUUUCAAUAUUUUUUAAUAUAGUAUUUUCCAAAUCGACUUCAAUCAUAUUGUGUUAAUACAUAUUAUAUAAAUAUUGUACAAAUAUCAAAAUAAAGAACAAUACCAAAAGUUUCACAGUUA